AUUCAAGGUCAACGAUGGCUACUCCUCGUGAAUACCCCGUGGUUCAACGCGACAGCACUCUGGCUCAGCUACCACCAGAGUCCACCAUUGACGCGCAAGACCAGAUUUCCGAGCUUCUUUCCAACUCCUCUCUCAGUCGCCUUGUCGUGCUCGAUGAUGACCCAACCGGCACCCAAACCUGCCAUAAUAUCUCCGUCCUCACCGUGUGGGACAUUCCUACUCUGCUCGAGCAAUUCCAACAACCCUCGACCCCGGGCUUCUUCAUCUUGACCAAUUCGCGCGCUCUUCCCCCGAUCGAGGCCGAAAAACUGAUCCGGACUAUCUGCGAAAAUGUCCUCGAAGCUGCCAAACUUGCCGGGCAAACUGUCGAUAUCGUACUGCGCGGCGACAGCACACUCCGUGGUCACUUUCCUCUCGAAGCCGACGUUGCACAGUCUGUCUUCGGUCUUGCAGAUGCCAUCGUGCUCGCGCCCUUCUUCUUCCAGGGAGGACGACUCACGAUCAACGACGUCCACUACGUAGCCGAAGGUGAGAAUCUCGUCCCGGCCGGUGCGACCCAAUUCGCCCGCGACGCAACGUUUGGAUACAAGAGCUCGAAUCUGCGCGACUACGUGAUGGAAAAGGCUCCUGGGCGGUUCACACCACAUCAUAUUCAUUCGAUCACAAUCGAAGACAUCCGAACUGGGGGGGCCAAUACUGUCUGCGAGAAGCUCUUGACCAUCCCCAAAGGAGGUGUGGUGAUUGUCAACGCCGCUGCCGAAUCAGACAUGCACGUCUUUGUUGCCGGUCUUCUUCAAGCCAAAUCCCAAUCCCAACUCAAAGGCAAAGCAAAACACUACCUCUACCGCACCGGCGCCGCCUUCGUCUCCACCAGCCUCGGCAUUCGCUCCCAACCCCCUCUAACAGCGCAGGACCUCUCUCUUCCAGCUCCUAGACAAACUGGCGCCCUAAUAGUCGCCGGCUCCUACGUACCCAAGACCACUUCCCAGCUGAAAGUCCUCACCGACCGCCGCGGUCCUUCCGGCUCCAACACCCUCGCUAUCAUCGAACUGAGUGUCGAAGAGCUGAUCACCUCCGCCGAUCAGUCCGAGUCCGUCAUAUCCCGUGUCGUGAAGGAGGUCGAGUCUCAUCUUCUCUCGGGAACAGACACACUUGUAAUGACGAGCCGGCGGCUGAUCACCGGACAAGACGAAUUGUCGAGUUUGGCAAUUGGAUCCAAGGUUGCAGAGGCGUUGGUGGAGGUGUUGCGACGGGUGGAGGUUAGACCGCGGUAUAUUAUUGCUAAGGGCGGAAUCACCUCUUCCGACGCAGCAACAAAGGGUCUCAAUAUCAAACACGCCAUGAUUGUCGGACAGGCAGCGCCAGGGGUGCCAUUAUGGCGGUGCGAUGAACCAACAUCGAGACAUGCUGAGGUACCGUUUGUUGUGUUUCCGGGGAACGUGGGAGGAGAGGAGACGCUGUGUGAGCUUGUUGCGGCAUGGAGUUGAGUUCCUAGCCGAUGACCUUAUGAACAUGCGAACGAAGGAUUGGGU